CUCCAUGCGCCCAAAGAUUCCUUUUGUGCCCAUUCAACUUUUGGCUCCAUAAAUAUUCCAUUCCUCCGAGUACAAAUUAACGCGCAGGCUUUUGUUCUCAGUUCGUCCCUCGGCAAGCUUCUAAGAACCUUAAGGAAUUUGCACGCGCGGUCUAUUUCCUGAUCAGGAAAUGGCUGCGGACAUGGAGAAAAUAAGAUUCUAUCAACUAACAAGACAUUGGUGUGCUAAAACAGAAAGCUCGAGUAACUGAACUGCAUGUCAGAAUGGACUGCAAUGGCUGCGUUCAGAGAAUCAAGAAAGCAAUCAGCAGCAUCGAAGGUGUACACAAUGUCUACGUUGAUCGUCCUCAACAGAAGUUGACGGUUGUAGGGCAAGCUGCACCUGAAACCCUCGUGCAAGCAAUCAAGAAGACGAGGAAGAUAGCAACCAUAAGUUCCCACACCGAGCCUAGCGCUUCUGAUCCACCACCAAGCACCGAACCGGAAGCAAAACAAGAUAAUAACCCACAGUCGUCAACUGAUGCUCCUCCGGUGGAGCCGACUACUGAUCCCCCAAAAGAGCCCCCACCCCAAGAAAACUCGGCCCCUGAUCAGAGCUCUAAACCAUCACAAGAAGAUCAAGAAGCGAGCAAGAGUGAGGCUAAAGAUGUAGAGCAAGUCCAUAUGAUGCACCACUACCCCCAUGGCCGUGUUAUUAGAGAACAUUGGAACGACUACCCUCCUAUGGGUCACCAGAUUGGGCACGAGGCCCCUUACUAUGUCACUCACAGUUAUAAUAACUAUAGGCCAUCGCCUCAUGUGACGGAGUAUGGCUAUCUCCGGGCUCCUGCAGAAGAUGUGAGAUACCGCAGUGUGGAACCUAAUGGCGGCGGAUACUAUCAGAACCCGGUAGAUGAUGGGUACUACCAGAAUAGGCUAGAUGAAGGGUAUUAUCACAACCGAGGAGGUGAUGAGUAUUAUCAGAACCGAGGAGGCGAUGGGUAUUAUCAGAACCAGGGUAGCGAUGGAAACCAGGUCUCGUCUAUGUUCAGUGAUGAGAACCCUAACGCAUGCAGGAUAGCAUAGGUUGUGUUGUGCUUGUCAGCUGCUCCUACAUUUGGAACGAACAGAACGAGAGUGUUAAUUUCAGAACAUACUCAACCAAUGCAGUCACUCUUUUGUCACCUGUGAUUGUAUGAUCAUCUCUUCUUUCGCUUGAGUAGAUGAUCGACGACUCACAGCAACGUGGUCCCUUGAUUCAAUAUGCAAAAUUAGUCUUUUUCUUCUUUUGAUAUCUUUCUUUUCAUGUGUAUCGGUAUUUAUUUUUGUGGUUAAUAAAUUCUCUGAACAUCUUGUUGUGGAGACUCAAACAAAAAAGUAUCGGCUGUAAAUGUGUAAUGAUCGAGAGACAAGA